CAUUUGCACUGCAAAAAGCAGCAAUUAUACCUUUUAAUGCUGACUGACAACAUGUUAGCUUGGCAUGAGGAAAAAAGUUUGCGCACUUGUGUUCCAAUAAGCCACUUUAAAACUAUACUUUCGUUUUAUUUCUGUUAUUUUCUUCUUUUAAUAUACGUUAUGAACAGAACUCUGGUAUUUCAAACAUACUGAUAUAGUUUAGACACGGAGCGAAGGCGGAGCGGUGUUUCUGGUAUCAGUGAGCGAGGAGUGGAGCGAGAGCGGGAAACGGUGAACCCGGAGCGGAGCUGGAGCGGAGCGGUUAUAAAAUGCACGGAGCGCGGAGGGGAAAUUGUUGUCGCUCCACUCCGCUCACAUACUCUGUUUGUUUCUAGGGGAAAUGAUUUCAGUGACACUUGCUUAAAUUUGACGCGGUAGGACUGAUUGACUUCUCGCUUAUGUGGACUAACGAUAAGGAUGAAAUGUUCCCAUCAUCAGCUGAAAAUUCAGGGAAAUGCUACAGUCAGCAAUUAUUUGGGCCAUUUGCAUCCUCUGAGUCCUUUAUGGCUCAAGCCAAUGGCUCUGACAGAUAUGGUACCCAUGAAUCUUUUGGACUUGGAGCCUUGAACACUGAAGAUGCAGAUAGUGUUUUUGAUCAUUCUAAUGGAGGGUACAGCAACACCCGUGUGUCCAUCUGGGGUGCAGACAUCUUGUCAAACUGGGACCGGCCCUUCGUCAUGUCUUCCCAAAGGUCCAGGUCUCCGUUUUCGGACAGCGGCAGAGAGAGUCAAUACUCAACAUCCAACCUCUCAGAUUCCUCCAGCCUGUACUCUCCUUCACACUCUCGGCCAGCGCCGAUUGGCUCACGGGGCAGAGACACGCACCCAUACGUGCACAGAAACUACCGGGGAAGAGGAGCUGUUGUACCUGAGGCCAAAGGAGAAGAUGUAGGGUGCUCUAGUCAGAACCCGUCUAUUUGCAUAGAGAGAUACUACUCAAAAUCAGCUGCUUUGGUGUUUCGAGGAACCAAGAGGAAGAUGAUGGAACCAGUGCCACCUUGCAAGAUGGUUAAAAAAAAGAGGAUAAUCAGAGCAACUCCCAGCAUGGGACCACACAUUUCAAAGGACACUUGUAUUUCUUCUGAAGUCAAGGAAAUAAAUAAAGAACAUGAGCUUGGAAAGAAAGUUCGAGCCAGAGAGAAGCGCAGAAGACGACGCGAGAAGAACCAUGAAAAAUAUGGAGAUAAGCACAGGUGGGCUUUUACGUGUGCUUUUUGUAAAUUCCACACGUUUGAAGACAAAGACAUUGAGAAACACUUCGGAAGCACGUAUCAUAAGGAGACUCUUGACUAUAUACGACGACAAGCCAAAUUUGAUGACAAGGUCAUCAGUUUUUUGCAUGAUUGCAUGGUUCACAAGUUUCAUAAAACUGUCUCUACCCUACACAAACUAAAGUUUUCAUGUGGACGAAGCAAAGAUGAAUGGGCAAAAAUAAUGGAAGGGGUGAAGGAAGAUGAUUACAUGAGAAGGAUGGAGGUGGUUUAUUGUGUUGCAUGUGACAUUCACAUUCCUGUGGUUUUCAGCUCUGUACAGCAACAUCUUCAUUCACUCACUCACCUCAAGAGCAAAGUGGCUUACAAAGAGCAGUUAAAAAGAGACAGCGUGGUCACAGCUAAAGCCAUAAUAAAUAAUGAUAAUGUGAAGGUGCGCUAUGAGAAGUACAUGAAGGGAGAAGACCCAUUUGCAGCCGAUCCCAAUGACACAAGUUCUGAUUCUCAGGAUCCUGAGAGAUCUGAUGAGGCAGAGGAAGACGAAGAAAAUAUUGACUCAUAAUAAUAGACAAAAGGAGUACUGAAUAGAGAAAAAGAGAGAAGAGGAAAGGACUCUUUCUACAGUACUUUCUUGUUCUAUUACUUAAGGCGUCUAUACAUUUCACAUGACCUUGCAACAUAAAAGGCCUGAGAAUAAUAUUAAGUUCAUAAUUCAUGCCACAUUGAUUCUCACUUAAAUGUGUAGCCUAGUGUCGUUCUCUGGUAAGUGUUGUCCUCUGAUAAAGUAUGGGGAAUAAUUUUUUUUUUUUUUUUUUUUUUUUUUUUUUUUUUUUUAAAUUGUAUUUACAGUGCAGCCUGAGAUGAAUUCUGUCUACUUGGGUCAGUGUUUGUACUAUCUGUGAGGGUUUGUAGUAGCAAUAUUUUGCCACUGUUCUUAAUGCCGUUAAACUGUAAAGCUUCAUAUUUAAAUGCAGAUGUUACUUUUUGUUCCCUAUAAUAUUUGGGAUUGGAAAUUUGCUGUUUCACUGUUUGUUCUGAGAUGAGAUGGUGUGUUGACCAUUAAAUUUUCACUUU